AUGGCGUAUACCCGUCCGAAGGACUUGGAUGGGUUUUCUGUCCUACUUUCCAAGCAAGACACGAAAUUUCGCCAGCAAUUGGGAGCGGAUUUGUUGGUCUUUCUCGCCGAGCCUUCGAAUUCCGUCGAAUGCCAGGAUACGGGACUUUUCGUUGACGGGCUCAUACCUUGGAUACAGAGCAGCAAUUACAAGGUUUCUGGCAACGGCAUAGAAGUUUUAACAUACUUAAUAGACCGCUUAGGAACAGACUUUAGGCCAUACGUUCAAACAGUAUUACCAAAUGUUAUCGAUAGACUGGGAGAUGCCAAAGACACGGUCCGCGAGAAGGCGCAGCUACUUAUAUUAAAGUUGUUAGAAAGGAACGUUUUGACGCCGCAAAAUCUCAUCGAGAAACUCCAGCCCAGUUUUACACACAAAAACGCCAAGAUCCGAGAGGAAGUCCUCAGGUGUUUGGUCAAUACAAUAAAUGAACACGGAGCGCAAGCUUUGACUUUGAACAAAUUCAUUCCCGAUAUCGUCACAUCGCUUUCGGAUCCCACGGUGACCGUAAGGGACACGGCGCUGAGCACUCUGGUCGAUCUGUACAAGCAUGUAGGCGAGAAACUUCGAGUGGACUUGCAGAGGAGGAAUAUCGUGCCGCAGGCGAAAUGGCUGGUGCUUUCCGCCAAAUUCGAUGAAGCCAAGUCACGAGGGGAGCUGCUGCCGACCGCUUGUAAACAUAUUGAUGUAAAUUCCGACGAGCCUGAUAGAGCUGUGAUGUCGACGAAAAAGACUCUUUACGGUAACGUGGCCAAAGCCAAGGCAACGCCGAGCAGUGCUAAUUCUGUUUUCAGUCGAGUGGGGUCUUUUCGAAAUCCUUCCACGUCUUCAACUGGAGCGGUGGACGAAGAUUCUUUUAUAAGAAGUUUCGAAGACUGCCCGCCUGCUCAAAUAUUCUCUUCGAGAGACGUUACGGAACAAAUGAAGAAUAUCCAAGACAUAAUAUCUGACGGGGGCAAAGAUUGGAAUAAACGAGUAGAAGCUUUAAAAAAAAUCAGAUCUAUAGUCAUAGCGGGAGCUACGAGUUACGAGGAAUUUAACGUUGGACUAAAGAACCUCGAAAUCCCUCUGCAGGGAACGCUAAAGGACCUUCGUUCUCAAGUGGUGAGAGAAGCGUGCGUGACCAUUUCGUACUUAUCGCAAUUGUUGGGCAACAAAUUCGAUAAGAUCGCCGAAGGGCUGUUGCAGCAUUUGAUCAAUCUCAUUCAGAACUCCGCAAAGGUAAUGGCGACAUCCGGUCAAAUCGCUGUGCAAUUCAUCAUCGAAAAUACGCAUAGCACUCGAUUGAUCCCGAUUAUAACUAGUAAUGCUGUGAAAUCGAAAAGCAAAGACAUCAGAAGGGCCUGUUGCAUGUUCCUGGAGAUGAUCCUGACGCAAUGGCCUAGACAUCCGCUGGAGAAACAAAUACCUGCUUUGCAAGAGGCCCUUAAAUCCGGCAUAGCCGAUGCCGAUCCAGACGCCAGGGUUACCUCAAGAAAGGCGUUUCGAGGUUUUAAGGAACAUUUUCCGGACCACGCGGAACAUCUUUGCCAAUCUCUGGACGCGACUUACCGGAGGGCAUUACAAAGCGACGGCAUGUCGUCGAGUUCAUCGCAAAGUAAUAUCGCUAGCGGAUUCAAAACGCCCAGAAUGUUUGGCAGAUCGGCCGCGGCCAGUACGACAGGUAGUACGGAAAAUCUUUCUAGCGGUAUAAAUGGUCUUCAAAGGAUCCCGUCGUUGCCAAGAAGUUACAGGCAACGAAGCGGGAUUCCUGUUCUCACAAGAGACAAUUCUGGUAAAAAAGGAUUUAGGAGUAAUUCGGCUAUCGAUCUACAAGCAGCGCAACGAGCCAAAGCCAGAGCUCAGUAUUCGGCGAUGGCGAGGACUAAAAUACAAUCGGGUACUGCGAGUUUGCAGGGAGAGGUAGCUCAGCAAGCUCGUCCGAAGAGGACACCAGACGUUGUAGAAAACCCGUCGCCUCAGCGUAUGAGUAGAGCGAGGAAUCGAAAUUCUCAAUCACAACCAACGAGCAGAUCCGGCUCUCCGAGUUCGCGCUUAGCCUACAUAUACCACAGGGCGCCGGAAAACGAAUCUCCGCGGCCCAGAAAAUUGUCCUCGGGCAUUCCCAGGUCGACCCAAAACUCCCGGGACGCGUCGAGGGAGACCAGCCCCACGAGAAGCCUAAACCGAUACAGGAGGAGCAGCAACGACAGGCCGCCAAUGAACCCGACUGCGAGGCCCGUUUUGGCCCAGAAAAUUUUACAACAGAGCAGAGAAGCUGAAAAUGCUUUGGCCGACGUUUUUAACUCUUCUGAUCAUUACCGUUCACCGAGAAAAUUAAUUAGGUCUAUAGAUAACCAUUCGGAUGAAUCUGAAACAUCCAGUGUGUGCUCGGAGGGGCAUUUAUCGUUUGAUUCGUCGAGAAAGCCAAUAGAUUCAUAUUCGUGGAGCGGCUCACAACAAAGAUUAUCGAGAGACCUUUGGGAGCCUGCGCGAGACAUCACUCAAAUAAUAGCAAUGUGCGCGAGUACGAACUGGCAAGAGCGCAAAGACGGUCUCCUAUCGCUACAGUGCUACCUCGGUUCCGAAGUGCCUUUAUCACCGGGUGAACUGAAACACCUCACCGAGAUCUUCACCCGCAUGUUCAUGGACUCCCACACCAAAGGCCUCAGCGUUUUCCUCGACACCCUCCAGGAGAUCAUCAAGGAAUACAAACGGGACUUGGAAUUUUGGCUGUACGUCCUCCUGCAACGGGUGUUCCUCAAAACCGGCACCGAAACGUUGAGCUCCAUACAAGGCAAGCUGAUGUCCACGUUGGAUCUGAUCAAAUCCAGUUUCCCCGUCAAACUACUCAUCGCCAACGUCUACCGAUUCCUCAUCGACGCCACUCAAACGCCCAACACGAAGGUCAAGAACAUCGUAUUGAACACGCUGUCGUCGCUGUGCAACAAUCCGGACGCGGCGCAAUUCGUUUCCCAACCGCCCGCUAGUCAAGCUCUCUUCAAGAUCAUUUCGUACGCUCAAGACACCAAAUCGGCGGAGACGAGGCACGCCGCCAAGGAGUGCCUCGUCACCAUGUGGAAUUGCAACACGGCCCAGGUCACGAUGAUGCUGGCCGAGUUGCCCAAGGAGCUCCAAGACUUGGCCUCUCACAUCGUCUCCACUCACAUGAGGAAGACGUCGACCGGCAGCGAGCCGGGCAGUCCUAUGACUACGGGAAGCCCUAAGCUUCUUUCGCCCGGUGCGACUCCCUUUAGGGACGGGUUCGACCAGGAGAACAUACACAGGAAGUUGAGGAAGACCACGGCGGAAAUUCAGAAUUAUUCAUUCGAAACUCUAGGAACGAAAUUGGAGAGGGACAGGGACACGACAUCACAAGAUUCGGGCAUUUCUCAAAUGUCGACGGGUUACGACAACACCAAAGAUUUGACUUUAAUAGAAGAAAAAUUGGAAGAAAUGACGAUAAGGCCGAACUUUAAUGUUAGAUCGGGUCCGCGUUCGUUGCCUUAUACAUCCGUCAACGGUGUUUCGGAAACGGAAUCGAACGGAUUUAGGAGUUUAGGAGAAAGAGAUUCCGAACAAAUAGUGUUAAAUAUAAUAGACAAUCGUUCGCCGACGACAGAAGAGAAGCAUAGAAUGAUAUCACAAAUACACGAACUAAUCAAAUCCGGGCAUACGGAGCAUGUUAUUAAGAACUUCAAGAAAAUAUUGCGAAUUUUAAUAGAACACAUCAACGAAGAGGAUGCGGCUAUACAGGUGGCGGCGCUCCAAACUCUCAAGGCAAUUUUCCAGUCUCCUGAUAUGAAGGAUUGUUGGUGUGGUUUUCUGGAAUUAUUAAUUAUAAGAAUAUUCGCAGCCCAUAGAAAUGAUAAACGAGAGGUUGUGAAGGAAGCAGAACUAACGGCAGCCGCGAUGGUAGAAGGCCCAUUUAAUUCGAUAAUAGCCAUUGUGGCGCCAAUGAUCAGUACCAGUUCGUAUCCCGUCCUCUUGGGAGCAAUAAAAAUGAUGACCAAAAUAAUCGAAGCCCACCCGACUAGUGUAACCGAAGAACACCUGAGCAAGAUCAUGCCUGGUCUUAUAAAAGGUACCGAUCAUCCGGAGAGCGCCGUAAGAAAAGGAUCGAUAUUUUGUUUGGUAACGUUACACAAAGCGGUUGGUAAGGAUCGGCUGUCUCCUUACAUCAAUCAAUUAUCGGGUAGCAGAGAAAAGUUAUUGCAACUGUAUAUUAAGAGAUCGGAACAAAAUUCACCUGUACCUUCGAGUCCGAAAAACAACGGGAGCAGCUAA